AUUUCGAAACCCUAGCCUUCUCUCUCUAGUUGCAGAAGAAGAAAAAUGGUGUACUACUUCAAAGCCAGACCUGAGGCUGGAGAUUACACCAUCUUCAUGGGCCUUGAUAAUUACGAGAACGAGGAGCUCAUCAAAUACGGCUUCCCUGAAGACGUUUGGUUCCAUGUGGAUAAAAUGCCAUCCGCCCAUGUCUUUCUGAGAUUGCACAAGGGCCAAACAUUUGAUGAUAUACCAGAAGGUGUACUGGAAGAUUGUGCACAAUUAGUCAAAGCAAAUUCCAUUGCAGGAAAUGAGGUGAACAAUAUUGAUGUUGUUUAUACUCCAUGGCAUAAUCUUAAAAAAACUAUCUCCAUAGACGUUGGCCAAGUUGGUUUGCACAACUCAAAAAUGGUUCGUACCGUCAAAGUGGAGAAACGAAUAAAUGAGAUAGUUAAUAGAUUAAACCGGACAAAGGUGGAAAGGAAACCUGAUUUGAAAGCUGAGCGCGAAGCAGUUAAUGAGGUAGAAAGUACUGAAAGGAAAAAUCAGCUGAGGGAAAAACUGCUAAGUAGAUUUGUGGUUCUUGUGUUGCAUCAUCUCAGUAUCAUGCGGGCUUAG